UUUCGUUCACCGUUCACUCUCGCAGGCUUCGUUUCGCGUCGGAAAUAAGAACAAUGGAAAUAUAAUCGUGUUCUUUUCACAUCAGUUUAUCUAAACUUAUAAAUGAUCGGCGGUUGAUCAGCUUGCGCAAUGACGGGCACAAUCAUCGAGAACCUGAGCGGGCGUAAGCUGGCCGUGCUCGUGUCGUUUCUUUUGUUGUGUCAAGUGGCAUGUUUCCUGAUCGGCGGCCUGGUGGCCCCGAUGCCGGCCAACGCGCAGAACAUCCUGGGCACAGUGUGCCGGGACACCGCCACGGAGAAGAACGACACGUCGACAUGGUUCUACAACCGCGGGAAGGGCGCGUGUAAAACCGUCGAUCUCGGGGACUUCAACCAACUGUUUACGGAGCACGAUAUCGUGUUCGCGUUUCAAAUGCCGGUGCCUCGCGAGAGCAUGACGCUGGACUACUCGCGCUGGCAGCAGAACCUCAUCGGCGUGCUGCAGGUGGACAUCCGCUACCACUCGCAGAUGGAGGUGAAGCCGCGGAGCAUCAUCACCGUGGACGCGCGCCUCGCCUACCGCAACAAGGGCGACCCCGACGACGCCUGGAAGCUCUACACGCAGUCCGUCGAGAAGCGACAUUUAGACUGCGACAUUGACAUCAAAACCGAGGAGUACUUAUACAACUGCUCAGCGAUACCCCUGUUUGAGUUAGGCUCGCUGUACCAUGACUAUUAUUUACUGAAUGUAAGGCUCCCGGUCGAUGCUCCGGGCAUGAAUGCCAACAUCGGCCACAUACAAGACAUGUGGCUGACUGUUAUUAACCAGAAUGGAGGGUUUACUAAGGUUUGGGUGUCAUUAAAGACUGUGUUUUUCCCGUGUAUUGUUGCCAUCAUUGUGUGGUUCUGGAACAGAGUUCACAUGUUGGAGAGGAAGCCUGUUCUGUUAGAAAAGAUGCUCCUAAGUUUGGGAAUUGCUUUGUGUCUCCUCAAUAUGCCCCUGGAGUACUUGACUCUGCAGUUUGACUUGCCGUUUAUGCUGCUAUUGGGCGACAUAAGGCAGGGAGUGUUCUACGCCACUCUGUUCUCGUUCUGGCUGGUAUUUGCUGGUGAACACAUGCUGAUUCAAGACACAACAGCCCAGAGCUCCCUGAAACAAUACUGGCGUCACUUGAGUGCUGUAGCCAUGGGGUGUAUUUCUCUCUUCAUCUUCGACAUGUGUGAGCGAGGUGUGCAACUCCGCAACCCCUUCUACUCCAUCUGGGUCACUGACCUCGGCACCAACCUGGCUCUGACUUUCAUAGUGCUGGCCGGCAUCUCCACCUGCAUCUACUUCUUGUUCCUGUGCUACAUGGUCUGGAAAGUGUUUGUGAACAUCUCCCACAAGAGGGCCACUUUGCCCACCAUGUGCUCUGUCCGUCGCCUGCACUAUGAGGGGAUCAUUUACCGCUUCAAGUUCCUCAUGUUGGCUACACUGCUGUGCGCCGCGCUGACUGUCAUUGGGUUCAUUCUAGGCCAGGUGGCCGAGGGGCAGUGGAAGUGGGAUGAGAACAUCGAGCUGGAAUAUACUUCAGCGUUCUUCACUGGCGUGUAUGGCAUGUGGAAUGUGUACAUCUUUGCACUGCUGGUGCUGUAUGCUCCGAGCCACAAGCGCUGGCCGGCCGCUGAGAACACGUCAGACAGCCAGAACUUGAGCGAGGAGAUUGAGUUCAGCCCGCUGCCCAGUGAGACCGCCAGUGAGAUCUCAUCACUCACUUCCUUCAUUCGCAAGACUAAUGUUGACUAAACAAUACAGAUUUCUGUACUUUUCUCUCUUAAAUCCAGCCUAAAGAUCUCAGAUUUAGGUUUAACCCUCUUGUUGUAGGUGCAAACAUUAACAGUAUUAAUAUUAGAACAAACUUUGUAAUCUUUAAACUUAAGUAAAUUUAAACUGCCAUAUUUAGAAAAUAUUUUAUCUAUUUGCCAUAACAUAGCGUUGUAGACAUAGCCUAUUUUAGUAAUUGUAUAAACAAUAGGUUUUGUAUCUAAUCAAGUGUAUUUUCUAAACUUUUAUACUGAUAUUGUAGCCUAGCCUGUAGCGUGGAAUCUCAAAUACUUUUAGAUCUGACUCAUAUGUUGUUUAAUCUAGACGAGACCAGUUAUUUUGACCUUGCAUUCGAGUGCGUUGACUCAUCUCAAACCAGUGCUUCCAAAAAAGCCAGUCUACCUAAAUCUACCUUUAUUUUUAUUAACGACUUAAUAUUUUCUGUGAUAAAAUUGUUUUUUUACUCUAAAUCUUGCAUUUUAAGCCAGUAUUUUAGUUUUUAAGGAUCUCUUUGCCAACACAACUGUUUAAUUAAUAUUAGUGUUUAAGAUAUUUUUGUGGAUCUUACUAAUAUUUAUGUUAACGAUUAAUAGUUAAAAGUAGUAUGUAUGUUUGUACGCAGUUAGAUUUGUGAUUCAAAAUAAACUUAAUUACUAUAGAA